AUCUGCGUGAGAGAAGGAAAGGCAAGCGCGUCAAAAUGGCGGAAAAACGAAAGCACGACAGUGAGGAUGAGCCUGUAGACGAAAAUUCCGACGACGAUGUCAUCGGUCCGCUGCCGUCUGAGGCUGCGAAACCGAAAAAGGCAAGGUUUCUUCCUUUUGAACGCGUCUACCUUGACAACCUCCCGUGCGCGGAAGCAUAUGAGAAGAGCUACAUGCACCGAGACAUCGUUACGCACGUGAUCGUCACCAAGACUGAAUUUGUGAUCACAGCGAGCUGCGAUGGUCACCUAAAGUUCUGGAAGAAGACAGAAGACGGCAUCGAGUUUGUGAAACACUUCCGGACUCACCUGGGCAAUGUCCAGGACAUUGCGACCAAUUCAACGGGCCUAUUCCUGUGCUCUGUGUCAAACGACAAGUCGCUCAAAGUGUUCGACGUGGUCAAUUUCGAUCUUAUCAACAUGAUGAAAUUGCCCUACGUGCCCGGUCGAUGCGAGUGGGUCUUCGGCUCGGGUGACGCGAUCUCGGCGGUGGCCGUUUCAGAUUCCGACACAGGGAAGAUUUACGUCUACGACGGCAAAGGCGACGAAAAAACUCUGCAUGUUCUCGAGUCCUUGCACAAAGCUCCGCUGUGCGCGCUCAGGUACAACGCAAAGCUGGAAACUGUCGUGUCCGUCGACAAGAAGGGAAUCCUCGAAUAUUGGUCUGGUCAGAGGGGCGAAUUCAAGUUCCCCAAGUGCGUCCGCUUCGAGUCCAAGCUGGACACGGAUUUGUACGAAUUCGUCAAGGCAAAGUCCUAUCCUACGGGCCUGUGCUUCUCGCCCGACGGCUUGCACUUCGCCACGAUCGCCACCGACCGCAAGGUGCGCGUGUUUCGAUUUCUGACCGGAAAGCUCACACUUGUGCUGGACGAAACUCUGCAGCAGCUCUCGGAAUUGCAGCAGAUGCAGCAGCAGCUGCCGGACAUGGAGUUCGGCCGGCGCAUGGCCGGGGACCGCGACCUCGAGAAGUCCGAAGCGUUUCACUACUGCAACCUGACUUACGACGACACGGGCCACUUCCUGGUGUACGCCACACUGCUCGGCAUCAAGAUCGUCAACCUGCGCACCACCGUCUGCUCGCGCCUCCUGGGCAAGAACGACAACAUAAGGCCCUUGCACGUCGCGCUCUACCAAGGCGUGCCCGGGGCGACCAAGCAGAUCACGUCGAUGGAGACGCACGCGUCCGACAACCCGACGCUACAAUCGUUAGAGGCCGACCCCAUGUUGGUGUGCACGGCGUUUCGCAAGAACCGAUUCUACCUCUUCUCCAGGCGAGAACCCGACGAGGGCAAGACGGAGGAGCGAGACGUGUUCAACGAACGGCCCUCUAAAGAAGACAUCCUUUCGGCGACCGAGUCGUCGGCCCAACAGCGGCUCUUCCCGAUGGCGAUCAUCCACACGUCCAUGGGCGACAUUCACGUCCAGCUGUUCACUAAGGAGUGUCCGCGCACGGCGGAGAACUUCUGCGUGCAUGCCAAGGAGGGCUACUACAACGGACACAUCUUUCAUCGAGUUAUCAAGGGUUUUAUGGUGCAGACGGGCGACCCUACGGGAACGGGCACCGGUGGAGAGUCCAUAUGGGGCGGCAACUUCGAGGACGAGUUCCACCCGACGCUGAAACAUGACAGGCCGUACACACUGAGCAUGGCCAAUGCUGGGCCCAACACUAAUGGUUCGCAGUUCUUCAUCACGGUAAUCCCCGCUCCUUGGCUGGACAACAAGCACACAGUGUUUGGCCGAGUUACCCGUGGCAUGGAGGUGGUGCAGAACAUCAGCAUUGUACGGACAAGCCCCAAGACUGACAAACCUUACGAUGACGUGCGCAUCAUCAGCAUAACUUUGCGGUGACGCUCCACACUGUGUUUCAUCCACAUCCUUGUUGACUCACAACAUUGCAUCAUCAUCAGCAUUACAGUGUACAUAGUGACAAUUACAUGAACUGUGGUGCUUGUAUAAUGAAAAGUGGAAGUGCAUUUGUUUGUGAAAUGACCUAAUAAGCAUUAAAAUCAUUUCCAAUGCA